AUGAGCUUGCAAAGAAAGUGGCUUGCUGUUGUUACAGUUGCCCUGGGCUCACUUUGCAUUCUAAAUUCGACAGCUGAUUCAGUGUUCGCCGAGAGCACACCUGCACUUCAUCCAUUUAUUCGACGACGUAUGACCAAAUCAUGUCUGAGUUCAAACGCUCCUAAGAGGUUGCAACCCUUGGACUCUCACUCAAUAUUUGGGUUCUGGGUAUGGCAUUAG